UGGUGUGGUGAUAUAAGAAUAUAAAGGUUUUGCGCGUCGUCCUCUGAAACUGCAAAUGUAAUUUUUGAACCAUUUAAACGGAAAAACCUGUAUUGUAACCACUCUCUUCUUCUUCUUCCUUAUUUUUCUUCCCUUUUCCGCGUUUGCAUGUUUUGAAUAAUUGUAUAAUUAUACUUUCAGUUAUUAUUUUCAUUAUAUAAAUGGUGAAAAGAAAGGAUUUUCAAACACUGUAAACGACCGCUUCUUCUGUUUUAGUUGGUCUUUGUUCUGUCAUUUUCUACCCAUUUCCAUGCUCUGAAUUUUUCCUCAUGAAUAAAAAACCAAAACAGAGAGAGGAAAAUUCUUUCAGUUGGGCGGGAUAUUGUCAAUAUAAUUGGAUUUUAUUGGUGGGUUUUGUCCACGUUUCCAUUUUGGAUCAUAUUCCUUAGAAGGGUAGAUUUCUACGUUUUUUUUUUCUGGGUAGUCUCCCGAAUUCAGUUUGAGUUUUUCUCUUUUAGGUUUCUUUUCUUUCCCUAUUUGUGUUUGGUAUCUGAAAUAGUCCAAUGGCGUUUUUGAGAAGAUUUUAGGAUGCUUUUUGUUUCAUCUUUGAUGACUUUGUCGUCUUCGUUCUCAAGUUUUUAGAUUUUGGAUUUUCACAAGUUUUAAUGCAACUCUUAUUCCUGGUCGUUCAAGUGUUUCCUUUGUUAAUUUUCUUUUGAGUGGAAAAGGAAAAGCAGGGGUUUUUUUGGGCCUGUAUGAGAGUUUUGUUGUGUUUCUUUGGAUGUUCAUUAAGGAUAACUUCAUAAACUUUAAGGCCCAGAUGGGAAAUAAUUGUGUCAACUCAAGGGUUUUGAAAGAGGGACUUUUUCAGUCGAUUUCCGAUUCAAUUUGGUGGCCUAGUACCUCAGAUUGUUUGGUUUUCCAUAUCAAUAAACACAUCACCACUUGUAAAGGAUCUCCUUUGAACAAGUAUGAUGACUCAGAACUUGGUCAACUCGCUCAAAACAUUGCCCCAAAACCAUUGAAAAUGGUGGAUGAAGAUCAUUUUGAGCCAAAGCAAGAGAAUACUCAACCAGAAAAGCCACAAAAACCCAAGGAAGAGACUAAACCGACCAUUGUAAAUCCCCAAGAAUCCAUCAAGCAAACAAAGCCAAAGAAGGCUCAUAAUGUUAAGAGAUCAGCAAGUGCAGGGCUCCAAGCAGACUUGGUUUUGCAGACGAAAACAGGCCAUUUGAAGGAGUACUACAAUUUGGGGCAUAAGCUUGGAAAUGGUCAAUUUGGAACAACUUUUCUUUGUGUGGAGAAAACAACCGGAAAAGAGUAUGCUUGCAAAUCCUUAGCCAAAAGAAAGUUGCUCACAGAAGAUGAUGUGGACGAUGUGAAGAGGGAAAUUCAGAUAAUGCAUCACUUGGCAGGGAGUUCUAAUGUUGUUUCAAUUAAAGGGGCGUAUGAGGAUGCUGUUGCAGUUCAUGUUGUGAUGGAGUUGUGUUCUGGGGGUGAGCUCUUUGAUAGGAUUGUUAAGAGAGGACAUUACACUGAGAGAAAGGCAGCUCAGCUAACAAAGACUAUAGUUGAUGUUGUAGAAGCCUGCCACUCUUUGGGGGUUAUGCAUCGUGAUCUUAAGCCUGAGAAUUUUCUUUUUGUCAAUGAGCAUGAGGAUUCUCCUCUUAAGGCCAUCGAUUUCGGGUUAUCGGUAUUCUUCAAGCCAGGGGAAAUAUUCACUGAUGUGGUUGGAAGCCCAUAUUAUCUGGCACCCGAAAUUCUGCGAAGGCAUUAUGGUCCAGAAGCAGAUAUUUGGAGUGUGGGCGUGAUCGUCUACAUACUCUUAUGUGGGGUGCCUCCAUUUUGGGGUGAAACUGAGCAUGAGAUAUUUGAGGAGGUUUUGCAUGGUGACCUUGACUUCUCAUCAGAUCCCUGGCCUAGUAUUUCUGAAAGUGCCAAAGACUUGAUUAAGAGGAUGUUAGUUAGAGACCCUAAAAAACGGCUAACUGCUCAUGAAGUUCUUUGCCACCCUUGGGUUCAGGCUGAUGGAAUGGCCUUAGACAAGCCUCUAGAUUCAGCAGUUUUAAGUCGCAUGAAGCAGUUUUCUGCUAUGAACAAAUUAAAGAAAAUGGCACUCAGAAUUAUUGCUGAGAACCUCUCUGAUGAAGAAAUUUCUGGACUAAAGGAAAUGUUUAGAAUGAUUAACACUGACAAUAGUGGUCAGAUUACUUUUGAAGAACUCAAAGUUGGAUUGAAAAGCUUUGGUGCUAAUCUAAGCGAGUCGGAAAUUCAUCAUCUUUUGCAGGCUGUAAGUAUCAGAAUCAUCAUUGGCUCAUAUGUGGCAGAUUUUGAUAACAGUGGUACAAUUGACUAUGGGGAGUUCAUAGCUGCAACCUUGCAUUUAAAUAAAAUCGACAAGGAAGAUCAUCUAGUUGCCGCUUUUUCAUAUUUUGACCGAGAUGGCAGUGGCUACAUCACUCUAGACGCUCUUCAACGAGCCUGUGAGGAGUUUGGCAUCGAAGAUGUCCAUUUGGAAGAAAUGAUCCAAGAAAUAGAUCAAGAUAAUGAUGGUCGAAUAGAUUACAAUGAGUUUGUGGCCAUGAUGCAGAAAGACAAUGCUGAUUUGGAUAGGAAAGUGUUACAUAGUAGAAGUUUUAGUGUUGGAUUUAGGGAGGUACUACCUGUUUGUUAACAUACCGUAUUCUUAUAGAAAAAAAAAAAUUAACAAACAAAGAAGGUUGAAAGUAAAAAAAAGAAUUUGACUGAUUGACUGUUUUGUAAAUGUGUUAAUGCAUACCAACUUUUCAUGGUUUACAAGUACUAUUGUUUUUUAAAUAAAGUGCUAGUUGAUUCCUUACUGUACAA